AUGUUGACAGCUAUGUCCUUUAUAGCCAGGCCUCAGGAAUCAGUGACCUUCAAGGAUGUGGCUGUGUACUUCACCCAGAAGGAAUGGGCCAGCCUGGUGCCUGCUCAGAAGACCUUGUACAGAGAUGUGAUGCUGGAGAACUAUGAGGCUGUGGCCUUCCUAGCGGUGUCACCUGCUUCCAAACCAGUUCUGAUCUCUCAGCUGGAGGAAGGGAAAGAGCCAUGGUUCAGCGAGGUACAGGAACCCCUAAGCAGGAGGGGCAGGAGAGCAGGCCCAGCAGGUGAAAAGAUUGCCUACAAAUGUGAUGCACGUAGUAAACAUUUAAGUCACAAUUCAGACUUUUCUCAACACCGCAGAAUCCACACUGGAGAAAAUCCCUUUGAGUGUAAGGAUUGUGGCAAGGCCUUUACCUUAAACUCCACUUUUGUUCAGCAUCAAAGAAUCCACACAGGAGAGCGGCCCUACAUGUGCAAAGAAUGUGGCAAGGCCUUUAGCUGCAGCUCCUACCUCACUGCACACCACCGAGUCCACACUGGAGAGAAACCUUUCAAAUGCAAGGACUGCAGCAAGGCUUUUAGUCAGAAAAUUACUGUCAUUCGGCAUCAGAGGACACACACUGGAGAGAAACCCUACGUAUGUAAGGAAUGUGGUCAGGCUUUCAAACUAAACUCACAGCUCACUUACCAUCAAAUGCUGCACACUGGAGAAAGUCCCUACCGAUGUAAGGAAUGUGGGAAAGGUUUCACUUGGAACUCACAACUCCUCCGGCACCAGAAAAUUCACUCUGGAGAGAAAGCCCAUCAAUGUAAGGAGUGCGGGAAGGCCUUCAAGCAGAUAGCCAGGUUAAAUCAACAUCAGCGCAUCCACCCUUGUUGGAAACUCCGUGAGUGUAAAGACUGUGGGAAAAUCUUCAACAAGAUUUCAGGAUUGAAGCGGCACCAGACACUCCAUGUUAGAGAAAAAGAUCAUGGGAAAAUCUUCAUGCAGAACUCAAAUUUUAUUCACCAUCAGAAAAUUGAUCCUGGAGAAAAACAUUCAAAUGCUCUUAAGAGUCCUGAGGUCAAAAUGGCUAUUGAAACACGCAGGUGCUCAGAGAGGUUGAGGAACUGGUUGAAGGUCACCCAGCUGUUAGCAGAGGAGUCCCCAGAGGAGUCUCCAGGCUCUGGACUCUGA